AUGCCCUUUGAAGCAGGUCUUGGACUCUAUCGCUGGCUCAAGCCCUCUCGGUCUGGCCAAGAAGAGGUUCCGCCAAGAGCUCAAAGUCUACGUCUACCUCACGAUGUACUCUUGGAGGUGGCAGAGCAUUCAGACUUUCAAACAUUGCUAAAUUUGGCCUUGACCAAUCGCUCCGCUCUCGAUAUGUUGAGGCCUCAACUUUCCAGCUAUCACUACACCACGGAUGGCGACGUGCUUGCGGCCAUACCCUUGCAGAAUCGCAGACACGUAAAAGACCUCAUCGUCUAUCCGCGACUACAUUGUGAAUCCGACCACAGGCACGAAUGGGACAUGGGUGACCAAAAUUCGCUCAUUCGAGACUUGGCCUCGCAGCUUCGGCAUCUCACCUGCUUGAGGAGCUUGCGCAUACAUAGUGGAGAGCUGCGCGAGUCAUUCUGGAGUUUGUUGACAGCAGCGCCACAAUUAGAGGUCAUGAGGAUCGUGGGAGGAUCUCCUCUGUGGCCACUUCUCAGCCCACCGGUAGGUGCCGUGCUCUCGUACCGCUCUCUCGCUGUCCUUGUCGCUGCAUCGACUGAGGUGUUGUCAUGGCCGACUCUCAGAAAGAAGAGGCAAGUGUAACAUUCGACUUGCGUUGCCUCGAAAUCGACAUUUUUCGCGCGCCUCGGGACGCUAGUAGUGAGUAGCCGGACCAUCGAGCCACGGUGAUAACAGAUCAUCGAAAAUCUUUGUUUUGGCUGACCUAGUGCAGUCAUUCAGUCUUUGCAACCCCUGGAUUGAUGGACGAAGUGCGCUCUAGUAUCGCAAAUCUUGUCUUGAAGGUGCGGCUAGAAGAGUUUCGGCUCAGCAUCGCUCAUAGCUUGCGCCGACCCGACGCUUUGCGUAUCAUUGCGCCUUUGGCCGGAGCCACUUGGCGUGAGUAUUUAGCGUGAAGGGCCCUGUACGUAUUAGGAGGUCGAUCUGAUGUGGCUCACGUAUCGGUCAAUCUUGGGCAGCUUUGAGGAUCCUGCAAAUAUGUGAGCAUCAAGGAAAAAGGCGCGAUAAUGUGCUCACGCAUGUUUGCAGGCUGAUCAUUCGAUCUGAUCUCAACUCUGUCCAGCGGGGUGCGUAUACAGCCCCAAGCCGCCGCGAAAGCUGCUCUGAAUCUUACUCACCUGUCAUUGAGCAGCCUCCCUGACUGCCGAGACGAGCUUCUUGAAUUGAUCCUCCCCAAUCAGUACUUCAAGUUGCAGACGCUCGCGCUUCCUACCGAGCAGCGCGCGCAGCCGCUCACCGCGUCCUCGGCUCUUCUCGUAGAGGCAGCGACAGAUGUUUCCAGCCCAGGAGGCCUGCCUCUCCCCCUUCUGGAGACAUUUCACGGUGACGAAUACGUCGUGGCGGCAUUAUUAAGCGUAUCGCGUCCCCGCCUUCGCGUCGUGAAGGGCUUUCAGUGAGCAGAAUAGUCAUAUAGAUGCUGGUACCCGUGCCUUUGCAGCGCUAACUCCACAUCGAUAACAGUUUUGGAUCCUCGCCCAGCAUCGACGAUCGACUUCUGAGCUCCUUCCACCUCAACCGUCAGAUCACAGCGCUUGAAGGUAGGUUUUAGAGACCAGAACCAAACAAAGAUUUGCGAACGCCCUGAGCUGAACAGGUGCGCGCUCUGGACUUCCCCACAGUCUGGCAUAGACCGUCAGCUGAGACUGGUCGCCGGAUGCUAACGAGGCUCUUCCAGGCUUUGCCGAACGUGCGGCACCUUCACCUGACGGGAUACUGGCCUCAUGUUCACUCGAGCAUCACUCUGGAAGACUUUGCGAGUCUCAAGAAGCUGGAGCGUCUCGAAGGAUUUCGCUUGGAUCUGUCAGAAGUCGUCAUGGCGCCCGCUAUAGAUGCGAAUGGAGUCCGAAGACAGACCGUGGGAGCAGCAAAGAAGUGGUGCAUCGAAAGACUCGCUUGCGCGUGCCCAUGUCUCCGUCUUGUGCAGGAAUCGCAUGAUUGGUACUUGAUCACUCGAGUGGAGGGGUCCGAUGCCGUGCGAUCCAUCGUCCUCACGUAAGUCACAGAUCCUGUCGCGAAGCGCUGCAGACGAUUCUUGCGCAGGCCGAAGUGAUUUGCUCAGCUUCCUGCAGGACUUCUGAUCGCAGUGAUUGUCCAUCCAUGCACGCGUAG